AUGCUGGGCCCCCACCUCCCACCACCACCUGCUGGGCUCAAUGAAGAGGGUCCCACUCCCUGCACCUUUGGGAUCCCGGAUGGGAGCUACAGGUGUCUGGCCCUGGAGACCGAGGAGAGUGGCGGUGAAGAGGGCCUUCAGGGAGAGGUAGGGCUCACGGACCUGGAGGAGGACGGGGUGGCCAGCAGGAGUGGGGACAAAUCGGCCUGCAGAACCACCCAAGGGGCACUACAGCUGCCCAGAGCUCUGGGCACUCAGCCACCAAGCUGCUCCAGGGAGGCACGAGGUGGGUCCCAGCAUGAUGACAGGGCCAACCAGGACUGGGAUGCAGCAAAGGCCCAGCAGGUGAUGGCAGCCAGCCCCAGCCCCAGCCCCAGCCCCAGCCCCAGCCCUGGCCCCAGGGUGGCCCAGAAACCAGCACUGGGCUGUAGCACUAGCCUCACCGAGAGGGAUCUGAAAGAGGCCAAGGCACGGAGCCAGCAGAUCGCAGCCCAGCUGACCACCCCUCCCAGCUCUAACUCCCGUGGCGUCCAGCUCUUCAAUAGGCGCCGGCAGAGGGUGAACGAGUUCACCUUGGAAAGCCACGGCCGGAGAGACCAGAAGCCCAGCCAGGAGUGCUUCAGACUGCACCCUGCUAGCCCCACAGGCCAUGCCCGGGGGCCCGGCCUGAGUCCCACAUCACUCGCCGAGUCAGGCCGUCCAAGGAACCCCCAACCCCAGAGCCCUGGCACAGGGAUCUCAGGCCACAGCAUGGAAGGGUACUCAGACGAGGCCAGCUUGCUGCGGCACCUGGAGAAGGUGGCCAGUGAGGAAGAAGAGGUGCCGCUGGUGGUUUAUUUAAAGGAGAACGCAGCCCUGCUGACGGCCAAUGGGCUCCACCUGUCCCAGAACCGCGAGGCCCAGCAGGCCCCACCGACCCCGCCUCCGGCUGAAGUCCAUAGCUCAACUGCAGGUGUCAACCAAAAUCUUUCCUCACCCAGCACCACACUCACUACACCAGCUUCUAACAGCAACCACAACCUGCCAGACACUGAUGUCAACCAGAACCCACCGGCAACUGUCAUUCCACAGAGCCUGGCACUUUCUAGCACCCAACAGGAUUCUUCUGAGGAAGAGCUCCCGCCAAAUGGCACAGUGCCAGAUUCCAAACCCAGCACCCUGUGUGUUGGCGGGCAGCCCCAGGCGCCAGCUGCAGAAGUGAAAUCCAGCACACUCCUAAUUGAUAAGAUAUCAACUCCAGCUUCCGUCACCAACACCUUCUCCAAGGAAGCCACUCCCAUCCCCAGCUCGGAGGCCUCAACACCAGAGUUCAUGUCCAGCUCUCUGCUCAUCGACAUCCAGCCCAUUGGCCUAGGGAUGUCAGCAGAACAAGAGAUGCCUGGGCGGGCAGCCACCACCACACCUGCCAAGCUGUAUAGUGAGGUCCACCUCACACUGGCCAAACCUCAGUCAGUGGUUAACAGGACGGCCAGGCCCUUUGGGAUCCAAGGAUCAGGGGGUACCAGCCAUAUGGAACGAAGCCCGAUGGUAGAGAGACGAAAUCUCGGGGAGAAGGCCCUGGCCCCCCAUACCCCCAGCCUGGCAGAUAGAAGCCCCCAGCCACAGAGACACACAAUGUCCUACAGCCCCAUGGUGGAGAGACAGCCCUUAAUGCAACGAAGUCCAGCUUUGGAGAGACGGCCCUUGGGGAACUUCACCCCACCCCCCACCUAUGCCGAGACCUUGUCUACGGCCCCCCUGGCUUCCCGGGUUAGGUCUCCACCCUCUUAUUCUGCCCUGUACCCCAGCUCUGACCCUAAGCCUUCCCAUUGGAAGGGCCCGGCAGUUCCCACCAGCAAGACAGGCAUUUUGGAGGAGUCAAUGGCCCGCCGGGGCAGCCGGAAAUCCAUGUUCACCUUUGUGGAGAAGCCCAAGGUGACUCCGAAUCCAGACCUGCUGGAUCUGGUGCAGACGGCUGAUGAGAAGCGGAGGCAGAGGGACCAGGGGGAGGUGGGCGUGGAGGAGGAGCCCUUCGCACUGGGGGCCGAGGCCUCCAACUUCCAGCAGGAGCCAGUGCCCCGGGAUAGGGCCAGCCAUGCAGCAACCGAGGAGGCCCUUCCGGAGUGGGCCUCGUGCCUCAAGUCGCCCCGCAUCAAGGCCAAGCCAAAGCCCAAACCCAACCAGAACCUCUCUGAGGCCUCUGGGAAGGGGGCUGAGCUCUAUGCUCGCCGGCAGUCUCGGAUGGAGAAGUAUGUCAUUGAGUCUUCAGGUCACACCGAGCUGGCCCGCUGCCCUUCACCCACUAUGUCCCUGCCUUCAUCCUGGAAAUACUCUACUAAUGUCCCUGGGAGCCUCCGAGUAGCCUCUCGCAGCCCGGCCCGAACCCCACCUGCCUCCCUCUACCAUGGCUACCUGCCUGAGAAUGGAGUCCUGCGCCCAGAGCCCACCAAACAGCCGCCAUACCAGAUGCGGUCCUCACUCUUUGUCCUCUCACCCAUCAAGGAACCUGCCAUGGUCUCGCCAAGAGCUGCCUCACCAAGAGGUGCAUCACCAAGAGCUGCCUCACCUGCCAAACCAAGCUCCCUGGACCUGGCGCCCAGCCUGCCCAAGGCGGCUCUGCCACCAUCUCCUGCCCUGCCUCGGCCCUCGCGUUCCUCACCGGGCCUCUACACCUCGCCUGGCCAAGAUGGUCUCCAGCCCACUGCUGUGAGCCCUACCUACAGCAGCGAUAUCUCCCCCGUGUCUCCCUCCAGGGCAUGGUCUCCUCGAGCUAAGCAGGCCCCACGGCCCUCUUUCUCCACCCGCAACGCCGGGAUCGAGGCUCAGGACCGCCGGGAGAACCUGCCAACCUCCCCGCCCUGGACGCCCGGCGCGUCCCGGCCCCCCAGCAGCCUGGACGGCUGGGUGAGCCCGGGCCCUUGGGAGCCAGGCUGCGGGAGCAGCAUGAGCAGCCCUCCGCCGCUGCCGCCGCCGCCGCCCAUGUCCCCCUCGUGGAGCGAACGCUCCAUAUCCCCGCUGCGUACCGAGCCCGAGGCGCGGCCACCCAGUCGCCAGCUGCAGGCGCUACUGGCGCGAAACAUCAUCAACGCGGCCCGGCGCAAGAGCGCCUCCCCGCGGCCACCCGGCGCCGAGAGCCUGCGGCCCUUCUCUCCGCCCCAGGCGCCGGCGCCGCCGCCGCCGCCGCGCAUGCGCUCGCCACAGCCAGCCCGCCCGGGCUUAGUAGCCGCGAUCGGGACAACGUUCGCCCCGAUUCCGCGGAGCCAGCUGCCAGCCGGGCCCUCGCCUUGCGCCAGCCCCCGGAGCCCGCUACCAGCGGCACCCAAGCCUUUCCCCUACCGCCGCUCGCCCACGGACUCCGACGUGUCCCUCGACUCCGAGGACUCCGGAGCCAAGUCUCCAGGCAUCCUCGGCUAUAACAUCUGCCCCCGCGGGUGGAACGGCAGCCUGAGGCUCAAGCGUGGCAGCCUGCCAGCCGAGGCCUCCUGCACCACAUAAAUCCUGUCCCCCACUCCACCCCAGGCGGGCCGGGCCCGGAGAAGAGCCGUCGGGCCUGAUGAACUCCGGCAUCACGUCCCCCGGGGUCUGGCCUCUUUGCACAGUUCCAAAGAUUGGGGGGAGGGGCAGGGGAGAACAGCUCUGGAUUUGGGGGUGACUUAGAGAUCCAAGAUUGGAUCCUAGGCCUUACUCUGUCAUUCAGUCGCUGUGUGACCCUAAACAGACCGUCUCUCUGGCCUUCGGCUUUCCCAUCUGUUUAAUGGGGCUUUGGCCAAGGCGAUCUCUGAACGUCUAAAUCCCCCCUUCCUAUCAAUAUACAGAGCCCUGGUGGCGCAGUGGUUAAGCGGUCGGCUGCUAACCAAAAGGCGCAGUUAGAAUCCAGCAGCUGCUUCUUAAGAGGCAGGGCGUUGUGUAUAUGGACCCCUAGACUUGCUGCAUUCCAGGGUUCCAGACUCCUCUCCCCUCCUGGCUUUGUACUCUGGAGCCUGGCAAAUGAGUGUAUUCAGAAGAUCCUAGGCCCAUGUCCCCUGUCCAGGCCCUGGCCUGACCACCUGGCUCCCUGGCACCAAGUCCCAGCCAGGAGCAGCUGUUUUCCAUCCUUUCCCAGACAAGCUCUAUUUUUACCAUGGUGACCUUUAGAGAGGCCUCCUGGGCCAGCUCAAGGUGCCCGCUGGCCCCUUUGGAGAGAAGUGGGAUGAUUCCCCCAAGCUCUGCUAAUGCUACGUUCUCUUCCACCCCAGCUCAGGCUGUCCAGGGUAUCUCAUCUGCAGCCAGGGAGGACAGCUGUGAGACUAUGGCUUCCCUCAGGCCAGAGUCUGGGCCUCCUGGUCUCUAUAGGUGCCUCCCACCCAUCUCUCCCUUCUGAACCCUUUCGUGGCAGGCUCUGGGCUCAAAGCUGAGCUGGGGAGAGAGAGGGAGAUAAGGAGCAACCUUGUGGCUUUAGCUGAUGGCCCCUGAGUUUUGGGUUGUCCAUUUGGAAAGAGGGAGGUGAAGAGUUCCUUGUUAGGGCAGGUAUGCAAUAGAGGGGAUUCCAGCAGGGGGCGGGAUUAAGCUCAGAUGACCUCUGAGGAGGUCUUUCAGUUCCAAAAUGGAUUCCAUGAUAUUAUGAAGGGGGAUGGGGGCUUGAACUUAGGGGGAGAUAGAUGAGCUUAGGUGGGUGAGUGAGGGGUUUGCGCCAGGAUCUGCCUGUGUUUCUGGCCCAGUAGGAGGUACCCACCUCUUCAGUUUCAGGCCCCAGCCCCAGGGUUCACAUUGGGCCCAGAUGAGUGGAAUGGCUGUUCUGCCUAAUUUCUUUCCUGUAACACUGGCCUAACUAGUGCCUGGUACCCAGCGACCUUGGGGAGCCUGGCUGCAGGCUCUAGCCUGUCCUCUAAGCCUGGUGGCUCUGAUUCCAAUCCCCAGAAGGGACAGGGAAGGAAUGUGGCGGUGAGUUCCAUUGGUCUACAGCUGGCUGAUAGCGCCCUCUAGAGAUCAGACUGUCAGCUUCAGGAUGCUCUGGGUUGGGUGAGGAUCAAAGUAUGUUGGUGGAAAGGAUGCUAGGAUGUUGCUGAGGGACAGAGUGUGAUUUGGGGGUACCAGUGGAGUCACCCACCCCUUAGGAUGAUUUAGACCCAGGGCCCCUAAGUGAGGUUGGGGACAGCUGAGGUCAGGGUAGAAGAGUUGGGGUGGGAGCAGAGUGCUUUGGGAUAAAAGAGAUCCCUGAGGAUUUGGAACACAGGCCCUGGUGGUGGGAAGAGCUGAGGGUGCUCCUGCUGGGUCAAUGAUGAGUCAUCACAUUUACCACUUGCCCAUCUGCUGUAAGGUCUCCUGUAGUGUGGGAGGAGGGGGCUGAGAAGGGCUGUCUCAGAGAAGAGACACGAUCUGAACUCUGGCUGGUGCAGUGGCGUAGAGGAUCCACUUCUACCUGCAUUUCCCCAAAGGGCCAGCAGGAGGCAGCCUUGAGAAGCUGCAGUUCUGUCUCUGGCUGUUCUCUGCUGGUCACUGCCUCUUCCCUGCCCACAGCUCUAACCCACGAGAGCUUGCCUGUGUCCAGCCCUUGCCUCAUGUAGAAAUCAGCCCCAGCUCUCAAUAAAUGCUUCCUGCAUCCUUCUGCCUCCUAUGUCA